ACGCAAGCUUUUGGUCAUUUUUACGUCAAAUUUCAAAUUUAGUUUCCAUUUCAUAGUAUUGUGAUCCCUCCUCAACAAACAAAGUAUAUCUGAAACGAGUUGAACGCGGUGCACUGCGUUUAGAGAAGCAGUGUGUCUGAUAGGCUCAGUUGUGUGUCAUCGCGGCAGGCUGCGGUACGCCAUUACCUCUCGGGAGGUACAAGGAGUGCGUUCAUUGCUUCGUGCAGUUUACGGUGCUUUAUUUCGGAAUGGUGUAACAAACAAUAACUAGUUAUGGCCGAACCUUGCAUCUAUACGAAUAAAAGGACCAAGUGUAGUGGAUUGCGGGGACUCAAGUGCCAAUCAUGGAUUUGUUGUGCUAUAUUGUACCUGUGCAUCAUUGCCAGCUGUGCUGCAGAAAGAGAGGAAAACACAGUUUUCAUGUUUCCCAAAGGGGACCUGUACGUUCGUCAUGGCGACAAUCUGGAGAUGUUUUGCAUCGCCGGGAUGAAUUACACUGCUAAGGAUCUCAGUUUUACUUUAUCAGGGAAGAUUUUACCAUCUAAGAUUAUCAAUAGUACUACCAUAAGAUUGUUUAUAGAGAAACCUAAGGAACAAUACAGACAGACUUACUAUUGCAGAAAUAGUAUAUCUAAUAAAGUAGAACUUAAAACAGUGUAUGUUGCAUCUCCUCCUGCUGAAGUAAAAGAUUUUAAGUGCAUCUCUAGAAAUAUAGAUGUAUUGAACUGCACAUGGUCUACCCCUGACUUGAUAAUAUUUACAAACUACAGCUUGACAUUCUUGUUUAAUGGUAAUGCAGUAAAACCAUGUAUUGCAAAUACAGUACAGAACUCGUUGAUGAGAUACUGUUACUGGAACACUACCAGUGCACCACGAUAUAGACAACUUGAGGACACAUACUACUUCUUGCUGGAAUCUCAGAAUGUGUUUGGCAAUAGGACACAGAACUUUACUAUUGACCAUUAUUCUGUGGUCAAACCUGACCCACCAAUGAACCUGAAGAACAUCAGUGUGAGCCCUCAUAGUGUUCUCCUACAGUGGACAAUCCCUUAUAACAUACACCAUUUCUUGCCUAGUGGAAUUGAACAUAAAAUUGAAUACCAGAUUGCUAAAAUAGAUGAUACCUCAGUAUUUCGACAAAUUGAUACAUCAUCACUGCCUGCAAAUAACAAAACAUACAAAUUCAACCUGACUAAUCUUCCAUAUGCACACCGACAAUAUGGUGUAAGAGUGUACAUCAAGCCCAAGCGAGCCCAAAGUGAUGAAUUUUGGUCAGACUUUAAUAACCUUGUAUUUUACACUGCAAGUGAAAGACCUGCAAAACCACCUGACAUGAUGCCCGGUUCCUUUGAUCAAAGCAGAUUCCAAGAUGGUAGGCUAUUGAAUAUCUACUGGAAACAAUUAGAAGAAUAUGAAGAAGCUGGAGCUAACUUUACAUACAAGGUCCUGGUAACACAAGGAAUGAGAACAAAAACAUAUGAGCCUGAUAAAAAUAAAAGUCUGGGUUAUCUUUCACUGAAUCAUCUUGAUGUUGAGUCAUUGGAAGCAAUGGAGGUUCGAGUUCACUCGUUCAAUGAAAUGGGAUUCUCAAUAAACAGCAGUUAUCUGUAUAUUCCAGCAGAGAAAGAUACUAGGUCCCUCCGUCUAACCUUGUUUACUAAGCUAGCAUAUGAAAAUGGCACUUACGAACUUUCUUGGGCUGGAUCUGGCUAUAACAUUGAUAACUAUACAUUAUUUUGGUGUCCACAUAACACUACAAACAUAUGUACUGGCCGUAUCAACUUUACAUACUUAGAAGCCACUAAGAAUAAACACAUCAUUAACUUAUCUAGAGAUUACAGAUACCAAUUUGCUAUAUCUGCAAAUAAAGGUAUGAAGACUAGUGGUAUGACUUGGGCAAAAUGUGACAUUUCUAAAGAUGGUAUAGCAAUGUUUGAUUUCCCCAUACAUUUUGUGGACCAUGAUGCACCUGGCAAAACUUAUGUGAAGUUAAAAUGGUCUAUGGAUUGUACCUUAAAAGAAGGCAUUAUAAAUGGUUAUAAUAUUACAUAUUGCCCUGUGUUUGAGACUACAACUAUGUGUGACAAUUCUCUAGGCCAUCUACCUAAACCCUACAUUAUAAAUAAUUCAAAACAAAUGGAGGCAACUAUAACAGAUUUAAGACCAUACACCACUUAUCAAUUUACAAUGGCAUUAAAUACUACCUAUGGUUUGAAGACAAUUGAAAACACAACAGUUCGAAUUACUACACUAGAAGAUACGCCGACAAAACCACGAAAUGUGAAAAUUUUCGAUAUAGAAUAUGAUUCUCUAUUCAUAUCAUGGGAUCUUCCUGCUCACUUAAAUGGUCACAUAAGCCAAAUUAAAUAUGUUAUAAAGUAUAAUGACAGAAACAGAACAGUUAAAUAUGAGGACAACAAAUCAUUUAUAGUAAAAUUAACAGGACUAACUGGAUUUACCAACUACACAAUUACUUUACAAGCCUGUAAUGAAGGAAUUAGCUCCUGUUCUGAAGAAACUGAUCCUAUAUUGCUUAGAACUAGAAUUGGGCCUCCUAGUAAAAUGAUUUCACCAACCUUUAACAAUAAUAUUCUUUCGUGGCAAAAGCCAUUGUAUGUUGGAGGUACUUUAGACCAGUACCAAGUGAAAAUAGUUAAGGAUGCGGGUGAAGAAAUAUUAUUAAAUACCACAGAUUUAUCACACUAUGUCACAUCAUGUGAAGGUGCUGUACAAAAUGUCACAUACCAAGUAAGGGCAAUCAAUUUCGAUAUGGAUGGCAAUCAUGGGGCAUGGACAGAUUCAGAGAAUGUCUCUCUCCCCUCAACAGAUGAAGCAAACAUUUUGUUGCUUACUUUCUAUGGUGACUGGAGUAAUGAGAGCACAGUUUUGUGUAAAAGUAGAGAUAAUUUAUUUUUGCUUUUUAUUAUUAUGGGUGUACUCGCAGCUGUAGGUGUAGGAUGUGGUGUGUUGAAAACUUACAAGAAAAUCAGAAAAAUGGGUGAUAUAAAACCAGAGUUCCCCAAAGGUUUAUUUGUACCUGAAAAAGAGAUAGCUAAGUAUCCCUUUACGGGAAUAUAUCCUUCAGAUAAAGACGAAAAACCAAUGUCAGAUGAGAUGUUACUACUUCCCAACAGUAAGAGUAGUAGUAUUCCUUCUCCUGAUAUCAAAAAUACAGACAAUGAUAAUUGUGCGUCUAGUGAACGCACUGACAGUACUGCUUUGUCAGAUACUUCGCAAGGUCCAGUUGAACGCCAAAAUUCGACUUCUGAUGAGAGCACACAUUCUUCGUUACACUUAGAAGUAGAAGCGCCCAAGCCUGACGAAAACAAUGCUAAGCAAAAAGAAAGAGAUAUCACAAACAUAGACACAGAUACUUGUAGUGAAAGCUCUCCCUAUUUCAGCGAUAAUGCAUUUAAGAAAAAUAAAGCUACUGGUUACGUACAACCUGUAAUAAGUCCAGCAACAGGCUAUGUCCAGGCGGUCCCAACAACUUUCAAUCAUUUGCCGGUGAACCCCGUGUCGCAACCUACAACAUCGAGCUAUGUCAUGGCUGGUUUACCACCACCUAUAUUCACUACGGGAAUUCCUCGAGCCGGUGGGACAAGCCAACUACCUCCAUCGGGUUAUGUGCGCGCUGAAGAUGUGGACGCGAGAGCAGCUAUGAAUUUCCCUAAGCUAGGGCCGUCACCUACAAAGGUUUUCGGACCAGAAAGCUUGCCUACUUUGCCCACCUUGCCACAACCACCAAAACACGCCGCAGAUAGCAGCUAUAUUCAACUACAAUCAUUAGAUUCUUUACCUAGUCAUAAACCGACUUUAAGAAAUACUGUGCCAUUUAAACCGGCUGCUUCUAGUGGCUACGUACGACCAGAAGACGCGGUUAUAAACAAGCACCUAAACAACUUCAUAUCUGGCAGCCAGCCCAGCGAGGAGUCAGCUAUCCUGGACCCAACUAUGUCUCCAGACGCGUAUUGUCGUUUCUCCUGGAGCACCGACCCCAACAACGAUAACUUACAUUCGAUACUCGCAAAUUCACCGGGGAUAAACCCAUCUAAAAACUGAGUCAAUUGU